AUGCGAAUCUCACUUGUCGCCGCGACCUCGCUGCUGGGGGCCAUUGCAGACGCCCUUCCCUCCAAGCACACAUCGUCCGAGCCCUUUUUGACCCAGCUCGACGAUUCCUCAUGGGUAUUUGGCAAUGAGCUCUGGAACCUCACCCAGCAGGAAACAUACGGGGUCAAAUUGAUGUACAAGGGAAAGGACUGCGUGGGGGAUGCCGUCGGCCAUUACGUGAGCUACAAUGGCGCAGCGUCCAAUCUGAAUUGGACCUCGGCCUCCAUUGCCGAAAAAGGGACAUACCGGGGCAAGAAAUACAUCGAUAUCGUCUUCACCGCAGCCGAAGGCGAUAUGCACUGGGUGGUAUUCUCUGGUCUGUCUGGUGCCUAUCAAUACUUUGUGAAUCAUGCGCUGCCCGUGCUGGGAGAAUUCCGCACUCUCUGGCGCCUGGACAAUUCGACUUUCACCAAAGGCCGAACGAAUAUGAAGGACGAAGAACUGCCGCCGUUGAGUGAAUACCUUCCGCAGAACAAGGUUCAGGAUGAGACCUGGUUGAAGCCUGAUGGCAAUGGGUACAUCACCAAGUAUGAUUUUACAGCGUGGUCGCGUAAUCAGGACUUCUUCGGAGUGUAUGGGGAUGGCUUUGGGAGUUGGUAUAUCAAUCCUGGGAAGGAUUACUAUAAUGGGGACCAUUUGAAGCAGGAGUUGAUGGUGCAUCGCGAGUCUGCGACGGGCGAUGCGGUGCAACUGAACAUGAUUCAUGGUACCCAUUUCAUGGCAUCCUCGAAGGAUGUCCUCCCUGAUGGGAAGAUGUGGGGACCUUGGCUGUGGUAUCUUAACGACGGCAACAAGGAAGAUGUAGCCCAUCGCGCUGCCGAAGAAUUCAAAUCCUGGCCAUACAAAUGGCUCCAAGAUGAAGACUACCACAGUCGCGGCAUCGUCAAGGGAAAAAUCAUGCUUUCAGACGGACGGCCCGCAUCCAAUGCCGCUGUCUUCCUCGGCGACAACAACCCAGUCAAGACCUCUCUGGACAUGGGCUCCGACUAUUACUACACGACAUACGCCGACAAACACGGAAACUUUGAAAUACCAAACGUCCGCAUCGGCACAUACGGUCUUCAAGCCUGGUCAAAUGGCAGCCCCAUCGCCGACGUGACCACCUCAUUUCUCCAAAAUGACGUGACGGUCAAGAAAUCUGCAAACACCAAUCUCGGCCAUCUCACCUGGAAAAUCUCCUCCAAGAAGCAGCUUUUCCAGAUUGGAGAUUUUGACCGUCUCAGCUAUGGUUUUGAGCACGGAGGUGCUCCCCAUCAGCAUGGACUUGUGGCGUCCUGUCCGGCUGAUCUGACGUACACCAUUGGUGAAUCUCAGACCAGUGACUGGUGCUUUGGACAGACCUAUAAAGGGAACUGGACUGUGCGGUUCAAGGUUCCUACUGUGAUGGAGUCAGCAGCGCCAGAGUUGAUUGUGUCGUUGGCAGGUUACUCUUCUGGGGCGAGCUCGGAUAUUUAUGCCAAUGGGAUUCGAGUCGGUAAUAUGACCAGUGGCUCUGCGUUGCUUCCCAGUGACCCGUGUCUGUAUCGCUCGGCGACAGCGGCGGGAGAGUGGCAUUUGCUCAAGUAUCCCUUCGACAAGAGUCUCUUGAAGAAAGGAUGGAAUGAGGUAACCUUCAACAUGGUCCGGAACACAACCUGGCAUGGCUUCAUGUGGGACAGCGUGGUCCUAGAGUGGUAA